AAAUACAAGAUGGAUCGCGACAGGAUCGUUCGCGUAAUGCACGGUUUGGUUGUUACAUAUAUGGUAUACAACAGAAGUACAAUGCUAGCCCUGCUUUUGGUGUUAGAAGAGAUGGGUCGGGUGGAGCGCAGUUUGUCCAAUAUAUCACCAAGCCCGUUGCGGUACUUGGGGCAACCGAUGCCCCAAGUUAACCGCAGCUGCUGGAUGCGAGUGAGGAGCAAGGAUUGGUGGGAGAGGGUUGUUCUGCUUGAAUUUGACGAUGAGGAGUGGAGGCAAAAUUUUCGUAUGUGCCGAAGGGCUUUCAUGGAUUUGUGCGAGAUGGUACCCUACAUGGAACCAGCAGACAACCCUGUGCGUCCACCCAUACCUUUGGUUAUGAGAGUGGCCAUAGUGAUAUACAAACUGGGGAGUUGCUGCGAAUAUAGGGUCGUGGCGAACCAGUUUGGAGUGCACAAGGCCACUGUCAUCAAAUUUAUGACCCUGUUUUGUAAGGGAAUGGUGGAGUCGGGGGUAAUGAACAAGUUCAUUAAGGUGCCUUCAGUCGAAGAGGCGAGAAGAACAGCCAGGGAGUUUAAGGCAAAGUACCAUCUGCCCCAAGUCAUUGGCUGUAUAGAUGGGACGCACAUCCCUAUCCACCCACCAACAGAUGGCUACCGAGACUUCGUUAACCGCAAAGGAUGGCCAUCCUAUGUCCUCCAGGCGGUGGUGGACAACAGACAUUGCUUUUGGAAUAUCAACUGCAAGAUGCCAGGGAGUGCACAUGACGCGAACGUCUUGAAACAGUCAACAUUGUUCAAGAAGUCACAUCAGCUGCCAAAGGUGGGUUCAAUAAAGGCUACUAGUAGCUUACAUGAUGACAGAUCAUAGAAAAAGAAUUAGAAAUCAGCGUUCACAGACCAUAGGUACACAACUUGCUGGUUACUUCCUUUGUAAACAUCUCCAAAGCGCCAACAAAAUGCGAAAAGGCUUUAGCUACAUAAAUACA